CGAGUCUCUUCGUCUUCGUCUUCGUCUUCUUCCUCCUCCCUUUUACUACUACGCCUACUUCGUCGUCGCGAAUUAGGGUUAGGGUUCUGCUUCCCAAGCACAACCUCCUUUCCCUAUCUCAAUCACCUCGCCAACUAGGGUUUCGAGGCAAGCGGGAGUGGGAAGAAGAAGAAGUAGACGACCUUAUAAUUCUGAUUCGAAACCCUAGAUCGCAAGCACCUCGCCAAUUAGGGUUUUGGAGGUGAUCACGCGGCGAGAGGAAGGAGAAGAAGGGAGGGAUGGGAGAGCGGAAGGUGCUGAACAAGUACUACCCACCGGAUUUCGAUCCGGCGAAGAUCCCACGGCGGCGGCAACCGAGGAACCAGCAGAUCAAGGUGCGGAUGAUGCUCCCCAUGAGCAUCCGAUGCAACACCUGCGGCACCUACAUCUACAAGGGCACCAAGUUCAACUCCCGCAAGGAGGACGUUGUCGGCGAGACGUACCUGGGGAUUCAACUCUUUCGGUUCUACUUCAAGUGCACCAAAUGUUCGGCAGAAAUUGCUUUCAAGACGGACCCACAGAACUCGGACUACACAGUAGAGUCAGGGGCAUCUCGUAAUUUUGAGCCUUGGCGUAAUGAAGAGGAGGCACUACAAAAUGACAAGAGGAAAAGAGAGGCAGAAGAGAUGGGGGAUGCAAUGAAGUCAUUGGAGAAUAGGGCUCUUGAUUCAAAGCAGGACAUGGAUAUACUCGCUGCUCUCGAAGAGAUGAGAUCAAUGAAGUCCAGGCAUGCAACUGUGAGCUUUGAAGACAUGCUGGAGACCUUGAAACGUUCGGCUUAUGAGAAGGAGCAAAAAGACAUGGAAGAGUUAGAUGAGGCAGAUGAAGCACUAAUUAGAUCAAUUGCUUUCCAUGGUUCAAAAGAUUAUGUCCGGCGAUUGAGUGAUGAUGACGAUGACGAAGUUGAUCCAGAAAUAGGCCAACCUUCUUCAAGUGAACCAUUGGAUAGCAAUAAGAAGGGGAAAAGUUCCUUACAACUCCAAAGUACAAUUGCAAAUCCAACAGAUGCCUUGACAAAAGCAAGCAUCUCUGACAGCUCAAAAAAUAAAGGGACUAGAAGUGGCACAUCAGUUUUAAUGCCAAAAUUCAUAUUGAAACCAAAGCCUACAAAGGAUGAACCUUCUUCUAAGAAGCCUCGGUCUGAACCCGCAGCGAUGGACCAAUCAGGAGACACAGGAGGAGAAGGUGAAAACAAACUGAUUGAAAGCAACAGUAAUACAGCGAAUGGCCUUCAAUCUCUUUGUCAAAAUUACGACAGCGAUGAGAGCGACUGAUUCUGCGAUAUACCAUUACUUGCUGUUAUCUUUUACUGGGAAUUGAGACCUCUGGCCAUGUACAAUGAAGAGGCAACCUCUCUAGGUUUCAGUCGGACUUCGAGAAAUAAUGACAAGAGUUGUUUCUAUUUCUCUCUUUGGCCGAAAAUAUUAGGGCAUUAGUAUGCCUUGUUUCAGGCCUCAGAAGUUAUUCCCUGUACACACUGUAAAUGUUGACAGUGCCAGAUAAGAUACUGGUGAAAUGGGAGAAAGGUGUGUAAUGUCAAAUGUGGGCCAUCACCAAUGUUUAGAUGUUGUGCUACAUUAAGCUUGAAGCUUGUUUUUAAGGAAUUUGUUUAGCCAGAGCAAUUCCUUGCCUCUGUCUAAAAAUUGAAUUGAGCUUAAAAUGUACCGGUGCAUCUUAAGUUUAGUACAACGAAUUUUUGGUGCAGAUUUGUUCUUAA